GGAAAAGUCUACUGCAAUUCUAGGUAAUACUUUUAUAAAAAGGGAAUUAUUAAAAAAAAAAAAAAAAAAAAGAAGCUUAUAAAGUUUGCUUGGUUGAUAUCAUUGGUGGGAGUGGGAGGAAGUUAAUUUGAAAGAGAAGUCAAAGCAUUCGCAACAAAGGGUAAUCAUUGAACAACAGAAAAAGAAGGGGAACACCAGCACCAGCACCAACAAAUAGGGAUAGCCAAAAAGCAGGCAAAUGGAAACCCAAUAAUGCCGCCGAAAGCUAAACCAAUCCAACAACAACAGCACCUUCACCUUCACCUCCACAAAAUUCUCCUUCAAUGACUGCACCACCACCGAAAGCAGCUGCUCGCGUGCCAUCCUAUCUCUUCCCUUGUCUCCUCGGCUUAGUUUCUCUCACCCUUCUUUUCUUCUACCAGGUAGAUAACUUCGCUUCUCGAACUAAAACAGUCGCAGGUCACAACUUAGACCCAACCCCAUGGCACAUUUUCCCACCUAGAACUUUCGAUGAAGAAACCCGCCAAGCUCGAGCUUACAAAAUUAUACAGUGUUCUUAUCUCACUUGCCCAUAUACCAACACCACCACCACCCGACGUCGUUCCCAGUCCUCCUCUCAAGCGAACGCAAAAUGCCCAGAGUUUUUCAGGUUUAUUCAUCACGAUCUACAGCCAUGGGCACGGACGGGAAUAACAAAGAAGCAUAUAGCGGAGGCCAAGAAAUUUGCGGCUUUUCGGGUUGUGAUAUUUGAGGGACGAUUGUAUUUGGAUCUUUAUUAUGCAUGCGUGCAGAGCAGGAUGAUGUUUACAGUAUGGGGACUGUUGCAGCUGCUAAAUAGGUAUCCUGGAAUGGUACCUGAUGUUGAUAUUAUGUUUGAUUGUAUGGAUAGGCCUGUUAUUAACAAGACUGAACAUAUCUCCUUCCCUUUGCCUAUCUUUCGGUAUUGCACCACUCAAAAUCAUUUUGACAUUCCCUUUCCUGAUUGGUCCUUCUGGGGCUGGCCAGAGAUAAAUAUAAGAUCUUGGAAUGAGGAGUUUCGAGAUAUUAAAAGAGGCUCUCAAUCUAAAAGUUGGUCAAAGAAAUGGCCUCGUGCAUAUUGGAAGGGAAAUCCAGACGUUCUGUCUCCCAUUCGUACAGAGUUAAUGCAAUGCAAUCACUCCAGAAAAUGGGGUGCACAUAUUAUGCGACAGGAUUGGGGAGAAGAAGCAAGAGCUGGUUUUGAGCGCUCCAAACUAUCAAAUCAGUGUAACUACAGGUAUAAAAUCUAUGCUGAAGGCUUUGCCUGGUCUGUGAGCUUGAAAUAUAUCAUAUCUUGUGGUUCCCUUGCGCUAAUAAUUUCCCCACAAUAUGAAGACUUUUUUAGUCGUGGCCUUGUCCCUGCAUCAAACUAUUGGCCUGUCGCUUCUGAUGAGUUAUGCCGGUCUAUAAAGUUUGCUGUUGACUGGGGUAAUGCAAAUCCAUCCGAGGCAGAGUCAAUUGGAAAAGCAGGACAGGACUUUAUGGAAACUUUAAGUAUGGAGGGAGUCUAUGAUUACAUGUUCCACCUCAUAACAGAGUACUCGAAGCUGCAGGUCUUCAAGCCUGUGCUGCCAUCAUCAGCACUUGAGGUGUGUGCUGAUUCUCUGCUUUGUUUUGCUGACCCAAAACAGAAGCAAUUCCUUGAAAGAUCAGCUGCCUUCCCUUCGCCAAAGCCGGCAUGCAGUCUCCAGCCUGCCGAUGGCAAUGCAAUAAAGAGUUGGUUACAAGAGAAACAGAGAGUAAUGGAGGAUGUGAGAAAAAUGAAGAAGGUGAAAGUGUGAAGAUAGUAUUGGCAUGGCAGGAUACAAGCAGUCGAAGCACAUAAAAUUUUGAAGGUGUAUAGUGCAUUAGAAAUCGAAUUAUGAUGACAGAUGAAAGAUAUGCAAGUUUGAUGCCCAAAAAAGUAUAGAUGGAAUGGAAGCCAAGGCUUAGUGUCUGAAUUCAGAUACUGCUAGCGAUUCGGUUGAACAAUAAAAUUAUUAUUAUUUCUUUUUUUCCCAAAAUCUCUGCAGAUUCCUAUGUGGAAAAGCUGAUGUAUCUAAAUGUGCAUAUGGAUGUAUAAUACUUUAUGCUCUCAGAAGAAGGUGCAAAGGCAUUGGUAGAUGAAAUCUUUUUGUCUA